AUGGCUGUUAAAGCCGACCAAAACACAAUUAUCAAUCACAAAGAAACCAAAACUCGAUCCGAUGAUCGCUUUCCAACGGAUGUGAUGGCUGCCGUAGCAUUUUUUUGUAGCUUCGCUAUGCUGUGCAAAGUUGGUAUCGAUCUAAGAGAUCUUUCCCAUCCCAAUCAAUUCUGGAGUCGUUUAUUUGGAAUAUGUUUGAUUUGUAUCAGUAUUCUAUUUCUAUUAAUGGCUUUAGUUCUGUUAUUUGCACAAAUUUAUUUUUUAUAUAAAUAUUUUCAAAAGAGAUGGUUUUCCAACAAUAAAAGUCAAAUGAACAAUUCAGUGGUUAAAUGGAAUGUGAAAUUAAGUCAUCUUUAUAAGAAAUUUGCAUCUUCAAUUGAUCCUCGAAAUGAAAAGGAAGAAAUAAUUGUUUAA